AUGAACAAUCCUCGUAUCUGCGGUAAAUGCCAUAGAGACGGCUCGGUGAACCAAAUGGUUGGAUGCGACAUGUGUGAUGUGUGGCUUCACGUCGAUUGUGCUGGUAUCACGGGUGAGAACCCGGAUCCGAACAAAAGCUGGCGCUGUGAGCAGUGCCUUCAUGAUGAAGUGACUGAAGUGGCCAGCAAUGCCACCCAGAAGACAACAAAGACGUCCAGCAGUGUCAAUGUUCGGCGGGCGGAGUUGGCCCUAAAGUUGCUUGAGGAAGAACAAGCGUUGCUGAAGAGAAACCGGGAAAAGGAGGAUGAGUUUCGUUGGAAAGAAGCAGAAAUUCAGAAGCAGAGAGCAGAGGAAGAUGCUAAACUGCUUAAGCAGAAACACGAACUGUUGCAAUCGUUGGAUGAUGGAGACGGGAGCAUAAGAAGCGGGAUAAGCAGAAGAGUAAGCCGAAAGAUGGUCCAGUCGUGGCUCGGAGGUAGUGAAAUACCGUUAAUUGAGAAGCCACAAGCAUCUGCAAAAGGAACUCAACCGUUAACUGUGCCAGUAUCCGGAACGGUAGCAGCUGCUAUUUCUUCCACAUUGGGACAGCAGUCUGGUGCUGAUAUUCUUCGUAACAAGAAUGCUGCGACGAACAUCAUCGUCCCCAAAUCGACGUCCACACCGCAUACUACGAUAAGUACUGUUAACCAUAAUGCAUCAGUUCCGAUUCAAGCGGCAACUAGUACGUCGUUUGCAAAUUGGGGUGGGUACUAUCCCAGAGUAGCAAUAAACUCAUCGUCCGACAUUCCGAUAAAUUGUGAAGCCCAAAAGUUUUCGCAAACAAAUAUUCUUCCUUGGGGGUUUGGUGCUCCAUCAGCUGCUGCCUUUUCGAGCGGAAGCUAUAGUAGUCAGUUGCCUCCAGUCUUCGCCUCUGGUUCAAUACCACUUGUCUCUAGUUAUGAUAGCCAAUCUGCACCACAAACAAUACCAGUAGCUAAUUUCGGCGGGGCUCUUGCUUUCGGGUGUGCGUCAAGUUCAGUGGCAACGAGUUCGCAGUCAGCAACGAGCGUGUCUUUCCCUAAUCAUUGGAACCAACGUCAACUUGUUUCAGUGGUAUCUACCGCUUCCGAUCCAGUAACAUCGACAGGAAUAUUUGGACAAGCUCAACCCGUUCCUCGAGUAUACAACAAUUCAAAUCCAGUGGCGGCUGCAGCAAAUGUGAAUAAUUUGGAACAGCAGCAGCAGGGUGGAUCGUAUUAUCCCUUGCCACCCAACAUGCAGCAGUUAGGCGUGCCGGUUCAAAACGUGCCUUCUGUCGAGCAAAUAGCGGCACGACAUGUGAUGCAACGUGAUUUGCCCACAUUCUCAGGUGACCCACAAGAUUGGCCAAUGUUUUUCAGUUUGUUUCAAAAUUUAACGAUGGCUUGUGGGUAUACAGAUGUGGAGAAUCUUUCCAGAUUACAGCGCUGCUUGAAGGGACAGGCGCUUGAAUCCGUGAAAAGUCGUUUACUGUUGCCCCAGUCGGUGCCGCACGUGAUGGAGACACUGCAGAUGCUGUACGGACGACCGGAAAUAUUGAUUCAUUCUUUGCUGCAGAAGUUGCGUAGCGUUCCAUCACCAAAGGCUGAAAACUUGCAGUCGAUCAUCACCUAUGGGUUGGCUGUGCGCAAUCUAGUCGAUCACAUGCACGUUUCAAAUCUGACGGAACACUUGCGCAAUCCAAUGUUGGUGCACGAGUUGGUGGAGAAGCUGCCCCCACAAAUGCGAAUGCAGUGGUCUUGGUACAAGCGCUCAAUUUCGGACGCCAACCUCGUGACGUUCGGCGACUUUAUGUCGGAGUUGGUAAAAACAGCAACAGAUGUAACAAUUCCUGGGGACAAUUCGACUAAGCAUGUCAACGCAGGACGGGAACAACAAAAGCUGUAUGUUCACACAGAAGCAGAGGGUGACCAAACAGCAGAACCAACAGCGAACAAGCCGAUCCACUCGAGAGAAUUAGUACAGAUGAAGAGAUUGUGCGCCUACUGUUCGGAUGACGGUCAUGAAGUGGCACGAUGCGCUCAGUUCAAAGCCUUAGACAUUGACGGAAGAUGGAAGGCGAUUCGGGCGAAGGGACUUUGUAGGACAUGUUUGAUUCCUCAUCGCAAGUGGCCUUGUCGUUCGGGCAAGGAGUGCGGAGAAGAAGGUUGUCAUUUCCGUCACCAUCCUUUGCUGCAUUCCCGAGCAGUGGCCCCUACUUAUCCGAUGUCCAGCGAGAAUGUCACGCGCCAGAAUCAUCAUCUUGGGACUAAUUUGUCUCUGUUUCGAUAUCUUCCCAUAACGCUCGAAGGAAAUGGAAAGAAAGUGGAAACGUUCGCAUUUUUGGACGAUGGAUGUGAAUCUACACUGAUGGAAGCAGAAGUUGCAGCGGAGCUCGAUAUCAGGGGCCCUGAGGAAUCUCUCUGCCUCGCCUGGACCGGAAACAUAUCACGAGAAGAGAAGGGUUCGCAACGAAUUUCGGUGACCAUUUCCGGAACUGGUCUCAAGAAUAAAUUUCAGCUGAACAAUGUGCGCACGGUACACAAGUUGAAGCUCCAAGGUCAGUCGUUCCAGUAUACCGAGCUUCAAAGGACUUAUCCACAUCUCAGAGGACUUCCACUGAACAGCUACUCUAACGCGGUACCGAGAAUGAUAAUUGGUAUUGAGCACUCACGAUUGCUUACUACUUUGAAAGUGCGAGAAGGUAAAACCAACGAACCCGUGGCAGCGAAGACGAGAUUAGGCUGCUGCGUGUAUGGUAAGCAGAUUAACGGUAGUACUGCUGUAACACGACUGCAUGUGCACUCGGAGGAGAUCGGAAACCGGGAGCUACAUGAGCUAAUGAGACAGUACUAUAAUGUCGAGGAAGCAGCGGUAGCUACACUACUAGAGUCGGAGGACGACAAACGAGCCCGAGCCAUUCUGGAGAAAACUACACGAAGAGUAGGGGGUGGUUUCGAAACCGGGCUUCUGUGGAAGUAUGACCGACCAUUGUUCCCAAAUAGCUAUCCGAUGGCCGUUCGCAGAAUGCAGUCGUUGGAGAAACGACUCGAUAAGGAGCCAAGUCUGCGGGAACGAGUGAACGUACUGAUAACAGAGUACGAAUCGAAAGGAUACGCUCACCGAAUCACACAAAGGGAGGCAGAGUCGACGAUUCCGGGUCGCGAGUGGUACUUGCCUCUUGGAAUCGUAAGAAACCCGAAAAAGCCAGAAAAGAUUCGGCUGAUUUGGGAUGCUGCCGCGCGAGUAAAUGGUGUAUCGUUAAACGAUAUGCUCCUGAAAGGGCCAGAUAUGCUGACAUCAUUAUUCGCAGUCCUGCUGCGAUUUCGUCAGAAACCAGUCGCAGUGUGUGGGGAUAUUCGUGAGAUGUUCCACCAAAUACGGAUAAUCUCGCAGGAUAGGCAGUCACAAAGGUUCGUAUAUCGAGAGCAAUCUGAUCAGCCACCGCAGGUCUUCGUCAUGGACGUGGCAACGUUUGGUGCAACGUGCUCGCCUUGCUCCGCACAGUACAUAAAGAAUACGAACGCAGAGGACUUUAGAUCACAAUUCCCGAGAGCUACCGAAGCGAUCCUCAAGGCCCACUACGUUGACGACUACUUGGACAGCGUAGAUACGGUUGACGAAGCGAUCCAAAUAAUAGAAGAAGUGAAAUACGUGCAUGCAAAAGGAGGGUUUGAAAUCCGGCACUUCUCGUCCAAUUCGCGCGAGGUAUUGCGACGCCUAGGUGAGGUCAAGCAUGUAAAAGAUAAAUCGAUGCUCCUGGACAAGAUAGCGGAAGCGGAACGCGUUCUGGGUAUGGUGUGGAAACCAGCGGAAGACGUUUUCACCUUUGAUGUCGCCUUGGUGGACGAUCUUGUGAUGUUAUUAGCGGAAGGAGUUACGCCCACGAAGCGGCAGGUGUUAAGACUCGUAAUGUCACUAUUUGACCCAUGCGGGUUCAUCGCCCAUUUCAUCGUUCAUGGCAAGAUUCUCAUGCAACACAUUUGGAGAUCGGGCACGGACUGGGAUGAAAAGAUUUCCGAAGGUUUGCUUGAUCUGUGGAAUGACUGGACCCGACUAUUGAAACGGUUGGGUGAAGUAGAAGUUCCUCGCUGUUUCUUUGGUGAGACGAGCAGUAAGCGGCAUAGCGGUAUACAACUUCACGUAUUCGUCGAUGCAAGUGAGUUGGCAUACGCCUGUGUUGCAUAUCUGAGGAUCAUACAAGAGGGAAAGGUGCGAUGUGUCCUUGUUGCGGCAAAGACGAAAGUGGCGCCGCUUAAACCGCUCUCCAUCCCUCGGCUAGAGUUGCAGGCAGGACUAAUAGGCUGCCGGUUGAUGGAGAAUAUCAGCUCAUCUUUAGAUCUCCCCAUCGAAAAACGUUUCGUGUGGACAGAUUCCAGAACGGUUCUGUCGUGGGUGCGAUCAGAUAGUCGACGAUAUCACCCUUACGUAGGGUUUCGAGUUGGCGAAAUUUUGAAUCUCUCCUCCGUGAUUGAGUGGCAUUACGUUCCGUCUAAGCAAAACGUGGCCGACGAAGCAACGAAAUGGGGUGUCGGGCCCAACUUCAGUCCAAUUAGCCGCUGGUAUGUUAGUCAAAACUUUCUGUACCUUCCAGAGAAAGAAUGGCCUGAUCAACCGACCAAGCAAGGGAUGACGGGAGAAGAACUACGUGUCGUGUUCCAGCACCAUCAACAAAUACCGCCACCAUUGAUCGACUUGAACAGAUUCUCGAACUGGAACCGUCUGUUACGAGCGACCGCGUACUUUCUGAGAGCAGUUCAGCUGUUCCACAAAGAAAAUCUGUCCGGACCGCUGCAUAGUGAAGAACUGCAGCAAGCAGAGAACUUAUUGUGGCGACAAGUGCAAUUUCAAGCAUUUUCUGACGAGUACUGUGUGCUGGAGUUCAACAAAGCGAACCCUGGAAAGAAGAUGAAGCAAAUCGAGAAAUGCAGUCCACUGUACGAGCAGUCACCGUGUAUGGACGAUGAAGGAGUUAUACGAAUGAAUAGCAGGAUUGGUGCUGCCCCAACCGUUGCAUUCGCAGCAAAGUUUCCGAUACUGCUGCCAAAGGAUCACCGUCUGACAGUUCUCCUCGUCGACAGUUUCCACCAACGAUUCAAGCAUCAGAACCAUGAAACUGUCUUCAAUGAGAUUCGUCAACAGUUUCGAAUACCGAAGCUGCGGUCUCUGAUAAAAAAUGUAGCUAGAGACUGCAUGUACUGUAAACUCAGGAAGGCAACACCCAGACCACCGAUGAUGGCGCCACUCCCGAAGGUUCGUUUGACACCUCAUAUACGUGCAUUCAGCUACACUGGCGUAGACUACUUCGGUCCAAUUCUGGUUAAGCAGAAUCGCAGCUUGGUGAAACGCUGGGUGGCACUCUUCACCUGCCUCACUGUACGUGCAGUCCACCUGGAGGUUGUUCACAGUCUAUCGACACAGUCCUGCGUGAUGGCGAUUCGUCGAUUCGUGAGCCGGAGAGGCGCCCCAGCAGCAUUCUACUCCGACAAUGGUACGUGCUUCAAGGGGUCCAGUAACCUACUAUCAGAACAGAUACAGAACAUCCAUGAAAACUGUGCAGAGACGUUUACGAAUGCAAGAACCAGCUGGCACUUCAACCCGCCAUCAGCACCACAUAUGGGUGGAUCAUGGGAGCGGAUGGUUCGUUCCGUCAAAGCAGCUAUGGCAGCUGUCGCAGAACAUUCUCGUCACCCUACUGAUGAGGUACUAGAGACCGUUGUGCUGGACGCGGAAGCGAUGGUCAACUCGCGACCGCUAACUUACGUUCCGCUAGACGACGUCGAGCAAGAGGCCCUCACACCCAAUCACUUUUUGCUUUAUGGUACUCAAGGUGUCGUCCAACCAAGAACAGUAUUCGUGACUGAAGGAUCAACACUCCGGGACAGCUGGAAGCUCACCCAGUACUUGGUGGACCAAUGUUGGAGAAGAUGGGUUCGUGAGUAUCUGCCGACACUGACCAGACGUACCAAGUGGUUCCAACCGACUAAACCUUUGGAACCUGGAGACGUAGUUUACGUAGUCGACGAGAACAAACGUAACGGAUGGCUAAGAGGACGGAUCAUUGAGGUGAUAGCCGGAAGAGAUGGACAGGUCCGGCGAGCGGUGGUGCAGACCAGUGACGGUAUCCUCACUCGGCCGACUGUAAAAUUAGCAUUGAUGGAUGUUCGGCCAGACCGAAAGGAGAACGUAGAAGGGGGAUCUCCGGAACUACACGGGCGGGGGGAUGUUAAAAACCGCUGCAAACAAACGAACCGUAACGUGAGUUCCGAACGCUCCCUGAUCGAGAACUGUCACCAACUCAAUAUCCACGGAAACGCCGCACAAAAGGAAGAGGAGAAAGAACAAAUAUAA